AUGCUCGAAAUGCUGACCCUAUUCUUGCAGGAAUGGAACAAUAUACUGAACUUGAAGAACACGUCCGUACUGGUGUCGUUUGGUUCAAUGGCAAAAUCAGUACUCAUGCCAGACCAGUAUAAGAAAACCCUCCUCGAGGUUUUUCAAAGCAUGCCGGAUACGACUUUUAUUUGGAAGUACGAAGAAGAAGAUUCAAAAUUGGUAGCUCACCUCAAAAACGUCCACCUCAGCUCGUGGGUACCUCAAAAAGCUUUACUUGGCAAGUAUUUAAAGUUACCAAUAAACAGGCAUACAGGAGAAAUAACUCUUUCAGCCGAUCCACGCCUUAGUGUUUUCGUAACUCAUGGCGGGCUAGGCAGCACGACGGAACUUGCUCACAUGGGAAAACCAGCCUUGCUAAUUCCUCUCUUUUCUGAUCAAACCCGGAAUGCACAUAUGUUAGUAAGGCAUGGAGGAGGUAUUGUUUUGAACAAGAAUGAUCUGGAGAAUGCAGGAAAAGUAACAGCUUCUCUGAAAAGUAUCCUCAGUGACGCCAGCUACGCACAAAAUGCCAAACGAUUGGCUGCAAUGCUCCUAAACCAACCAAUAAGCGCAAAACAACUUUUCAUCCGACACAGUGAAUUUGCUGGCAGUCCCAAAAUGGUUUUUCUUGUUGGGCGUGAAUAG